AGGAUAAAUAAGGUCCACGCUUGGAGAUCUGAGGGAUCUUACACGGUGGCCACGGAGGAAAAUGAGCGCGAGUUACAUAUUCUCGGAGUUCAUGAGGGAGCUGCCUGGCUACGUUCUCUUUGGUGGCAUCUUUAUGCCGGUGACUUUACUCCUGCUGCUGCUCAUUGCCCAUUUCAGGAUCCAGCUGUCAGAAGUUAACGAGGAACUGGCCGCGGCACGGGACCCCGCAAAAGCCUUCCCGAAUUACCAGAGACCCAGGAGACUUGGAGCAAAGGAGAAGAAAUGCAAGAACUGAAGGACGUUCAAGGGAGUCUCACGUCUCGGGAAGCCAACUUAAACCCAGGACUCAGCUCUGCAGGGUUAAAAAUAACCGGCUGUUGGUAAAUACCACGGAGGACAACAAAAGGGAGCGGAGAGAAAUGGCUGCUGCCAUCCAAAAAGGUCUUAAAACAAUUUGCUUUCUCGCACGGGGCCAUGCAAGCAGUGAUUUAUGCGACUCCUUGGACACCAGAGACAUCCUGCAUCGUCCUGUAUCAGCUCCUUCACAAGACACAGGAUUUGGGGGGAGGGAAAGCACCUUUCUCAUGAGCCCUUCCCCAUCUGACUGAGAAUAAAGCGAUAUAACAAGCUCCCGAGGGAGCCAGGUUCGCCUACAUGAGGCAGCCAGUCAUUUUAAAUCAAAGAUGCACAAACAGCAAGUUCACACCAAGCACUGGGAUCCAGGAAAUGGAGAGGGGUGAUGAAGGGAAACUGCCUUUUUUUCUUUUUUUUUUUGUUACCUCAUAUACUUUGGGAAAGAUUGUAGGGUGUGUAAAGGAUGCUUUCCAUAGAAUUGGGAAGCGAAAUACAACAGUGAUGGGAAACAAGAGGACUUCUCUGUGCCGAAGUUUGAAACCAUGAAAAGAUUCAGCCAGUAUUCUGUAAAGCAGUUAUUAUUCUAGUUUAAGGGCAAAGGGAUUUCUCAAAUAAAUA